AUGAACAUCAUCCCAGACUGGCUGCUGUACACCGUCUACGGCCUCCCUGCACCAGCAGGCAAACGCCGAAAGCCCAUGCAAGUGCUAGCAGUAGGAAUCUCCAGGUCAGGCACAGAAUCGCUACGAGAAGCACUGCACGUCCUCGGCUUCGAUCACACAUACCAUGGCUUCGACACGAUCCUGCCACCUUCCUCAUUAGAAGCGACAUAUCGCCUUCUCCAAAAGAAAUAUACCACGGCGCCAACUCCAGGCGAGCAAUCCGCCAAGCUUACCGCAGAAGACUUCGACACAAUUCUGGGCGACAGCGUCGGCGUAAGUGACCUGCUAGCAGCGGAGUUCGCGCCCGAGCUCAUCGCGGCAUACCCAAACGCCAAAGUAAUUCUGAACGUGCGCCGCGAUCUCGACGGCUGGUACCGCAGCAUGCAGCAGACAAUGGGCUAUUUCGACUCGAACCCUGUGGAUUGGGACUGGUGCAAGUCAUGGUUUAGCGCGGAGUUGUUCUGGGUUCGGCAGGCGAUGUGCCGGACGCUGAUGCCGCGGUUCUUUCGGGGAAGUUUUCAUUCUAAUGGGAAGUGGGUGUAUGAACAGCAUGUUGCUUCUAUCCGAGGAUUGGGUUUACCGGAUCAUCAACUCCUGGAGUGGUCUGUUGAUGAUGGCUGGGAGCCGCUGUGCCAGUUCUUGGGCAAGGAAGUGCCGCAGAUGGAUUUUCCGAAUGGGAAUCCGCCCAAGGCGUGGGCGGAGCGCAUUGCUAUGACCAUGGCGAUGCAUCAUCGGCGGGCUGUGAGAAAUAUGUUGAUCUUUGGAGGUGUGAUGGCUGUAGGGUUGGCCUUGCUUGUUUCCUACUUUCGGUGA